AUGAGACGUCCGCCGGUAAUCAUAGGAUAUCCUGCUGAUUAUGUACACCCACCACCAUCGCAAGGAGGCUAUAAUCCAGGAUAUCCACCCGCGUUUCCAGGAGGAAACCCAUCAGGUAAAGUACCACCAAAUCUUGGGACACCGUAUAUUCCACCACUCCAGCAGGUCCCUGUAUACAUUAUAAAUAUUGCCGAAGAUCAAACGGAGGAUGAAUUCAAACGAUUUGAUUUCAGCGAAAAAUCUGUAAGACGUGGUUUCAUCAGAAAAGUAUACGGAAUAUUGAUGCUCCAGCUUCUCAUCACCGUUGGAUUAAUCUGUCUGUUUCUUUACUAUUGUCCUCUUAAGGAAUUGGUCUCCUAUGAUUCGGAUAUAGUCAUAAAAGCGUUCCUUGCAAUUAAUGUUUCAAUAAUCAUGUUAAUAAUUGGAAUGAGUUGCUUUCCGACCUUGAGGCGCCGGGCUCCGAUCAACUACAUAUUGUUAUUUUUGAUCACUACUCUUUUGGGAAUAAUUGUGGCCAGUGCGGCAACCUUAUUUGACUCUGAGGAGGUAUUGAUAGCAGCCGGUAUAACAACAGUCGUGUGUUUUGCCGUGACAGUCUUUGCUUUCCAAACAAAAUGGGUGUUCACCAUGUGCAACGGAAUCCUUUUCGUUUUCCUAAUAGUUCUGUUACAAUUUGGGAUAGCGAUAGCCUGCACGAACUUCGAAACCCUCAACGUAGCUUACGCCUCAUUGGGCGCGCUUAUUUACUCUGUGUAUCUUGUUUUUGACACACAAAUGAUGAUUGGUGGCAAACUAGGUUACAAGAUUUCCCCCGAGGAAUAUGUUUUCGCUGCUCUGAUCCUGUAUCUCGACGUGAUUAACAUCUUUCUUCGCAUUCUACGUAUCAUAAGCUGUUCUAGUUCUUAGUUUAAAAUGACAUGAUUUAUAAUAUAUGCGAAUUCGGAUUCUAACUCGAAGGAAGCUAUCAAUAUUUUGAUAAUACAUUGCAUGUUAAUGAUGCUAGAUGCAGAUAACAAAGAUUAUUGACUCUCUUAAAUAUACGCUAACAGUUUCCUUAGCAAACCUAGGAAACCGGAAU